AUGCCGUCGGCUGAUAAGAAAAAGAAGGCUUUGGCGAAGAAAGAGGCGGAGAAACGUCGCAAUCAGAAAAAGCCUGCCCGUUCGGCAGGUGCCGCAACAGCUGGGGAUCUUGCAAAUGGGACCGACGAAGAUGGUCAGACCGAAGAAACUGCAGCAUCUCACACCGAAGAUGAGGUUCCCGGUCGGCAACGCACGACCAGUGUACGUGAUGACGACUUUGUUGGCUUGGGUAAACUGGCGGUAUCCCAGUUCACCUGCUUUCUUCGGGUGGCAUGGCAGUUAGGCAUCAGAAGGGUGCUACCUACAGGUAGUGAUGACGAAGAUGAAGCAGUCCAUAAAUCCCUUGUUGAGACCCUGGAAUGUUUAGACCUAAUCAGCGACCGUGUUGCUCAGCAUCGUUCUGUGACCUCCGUAUUGGCAUCACAUCCAGAAGCUCGUGACACACAGUUCACCAAUUUGACGGUUACUUUCCAUGGAAAGGAGCUCCUCUCAGAUACCAGGCUAGAGUUGAAUGUUGGGCGGCGUGAUGACGAAGAUGAAGCAGUCCAUAAAUCCCUUGUUGAGACCCUGGAAUGUUUAGACCUAAUCAGCGACCGUGUUGCUCAGCAUCGUUCUGUGACCUCCGUAUUGGCAUCACAUCCAGAAGCUCGUGACACACAGUUCACCAAUUUGACGGUUACUUUCCAUGGAAAGGAGCUCCUCUCAGAUACCAGGCUAGAGUUGAAUGUUGGGCGGCGCUACGGUCUUAUCGGCCCGAACGGUUGCGGAAAGUCCACUCUACUCGCGGUUAUGGCCAACCGCGAGCUACCCAUACCGAACCACAUAGAUAUUUUUCUACUUCAACGAGAAAUGGCACCGAGUGAUAAAACAGCACUCCAGUGCGUGAUGGAAGUGGAUGAAGAACGACAGCGGUUAGAGCGCGAAGCCGGAGAGCUAGCCGCACGUGAAGACACGGAGAGUAGUGAGCGUUUGGUCGAAGUAUACGAGCGUUUGGAACAUUUGGAUGCAGACAAAGCAGAAGCCAAGGCUGCUAUGCUCCUUCAUGGUCUAGGAUUCACAAAGGAGAUGCAACAGAAGCAGGUCAAACACUUCAGUGGUGGUUGGCGAAUGCGUAUCGCGCUGGCUCGUGCCCUGUUUGUUCGACCAGCCCUACUUCUGCUGGAUGAGCCAACAAAUCACCUCGACUUGAAUGCCUGUGUGUGGUUGGAACGUGAACUGGUCAACUACCCACGAUGUCUGGUGAUCAUAUCGCAUUCACAGGAUUUCCUCAACGGUGUUUGCACGAACAUUGUGUUGAUGCACCGGCACAAACUCUCCUACUUUUCGGGCAACUACGAUCAAUAUGUUCGCACUCGUCUUGAAUUGGAAGAGAACCAGAUGAAGCGAUAUAAAUGGGAACAGGAUCAAAUUUCUUCCAUGAAGGACUAUAUCGCCAGAUUCGGUCAUGGUAGCAAGAAACUGGCUCGUCAGGCGCAGAGCAAAGAAAAAGUCCUACAGAAGAUGCUGUCCGGUGGACUUGCCGAACGUGUACAAACCGACAAAACGUUAACGUUUUACUUUCCUGACCCUGGUAUCAUCCCUCCACCGGUGAUCCAGGUGCAACAAGUCAGUUUCCGGUAUGCGCCGGGCAAACCUUGGAUUUACCGUAACCUUGAUUUGGCCAUUGACCUGGAUCGGCGAGUUGCCUUGGUCGGUCCGAAUGGAGCCGGCAAAUCCACUUUGUUGAAGCUAAUUGCAGCAGAGCAUUUACACGAGAUGUUGGACAUCAACUUGUCCGCCGUUGACUGGAUGAUGAAAUCUUUCCCCGAAAUCAAGGAACGUGACGAUAUGCGAAAAAUUCUCGGUCGAUAUGGUCUCAGUGGAGCUCAACAGGUUUGCCCCAUUCGUGCCUUAUCUGACGGACAAAGAUGCCGCAUAAUAUUUGCUUGGCUUGCACAAAAAGCCCCACAUUUGCUGCUACUGGAUGAACCGACAAACCACUUGGAUAUCGAAACCAUCGACUCAUUGGCCGAUGCUAUUGAUGACUUUGAAGGCGGUUUACUUUUGGUCUCCCAUGACUUCCGACUAAUUUCUCAGGUGGCCAAGGAAAUUUGGGUCUGUGAAAACCAGUCGAUCACCCCAUGGGAGGGAGACAUUUUCUCCUACAAACAGUUCCUUGCCAAGUCGGUGAACAAGGAACUGGCGAAACUUGCUGCGUCAGAAAACCGAUGAUACUCGCCUGUCUUUCCGUUGAUGUGUUUUUAGUGUCUGCGAAUUGUCUCUCAGAUUAAUCACUAACCUCUGCUAUCGGUUGUGUGCUGUACCAUCUCUGUUUGAAAGAGAAUAAGAACCUGUAUUUAACUUUUGCUUGUUCUUCAUUGCUUAAUAGCUCG